CUGGUACAGAAGACAGAACAGGUUUCUUCAAGGACGAUGUCUCAACACUAGAACUAAAUCUAUAAAUAAUUUCAACACUAAUUGCAUAGUGUCACAUCAGUUGGUUGCGCAAAAUGGAACUCGACUCGUCAUUGAAUGGCUCGUCAAAGCAUUUGCCUGAAAAACGAGCCUUAGUUUUUAUUGGCAUCGCGUGCAUCGUGCUCCUGGUGGUCUACCUGCACCACGACACCUUCCCAUGGCAUCAAAACCCGCCUCGCUGGUCUGUCAUGGGACUUUUGCAGCACGCCAUCAACAUCACCAGCAAUGCUUACUCCCCUCAACACCAAACGCAACCUUCACCUGGAAACACAACCAACCGAACCAAACUCUUGAAGACAACACUUCCUGGACCGCGUCUUCUUCAGCUUGAGUUCCCCUCUACUACAACAGCGACACCAACGACGAGAAACAGAACGCCUGUGCCUGUCUUAGCCCCAUGCGGCUCAUCUCCUUACGUCCUGUGCCCUAAUGGUUCACGUACCAAUUCUAACAACACGAAGACAUACUCCAUCGCCGUGCUUCGACGGCCAUCUUGGAUGGCUUCCGACUUUUUUAACUUCAGCUCGUGCGAGUUCUCUAACUGUAAAUUCGUCGAUACUAACGUCAACGAGAUGACAGAUGUGGUGUUGGUGUAUGCCGUGCGGUUGAGCGACGGAUUUCGUCCCCCACAGCGCUGGGCUCACCAGAUCUAUGGAGUGAUGAUGUGGGAGUCUCCGAUACAUACACACGCGAGCUUUAUCUCAGAUGCCGGUUCAGUCUGGAACAAAGCAUUUAACAUGACCAUCCACUACAGGACGGACUCUGACGUGUUCGUGCCUUAUGGCCGUCUCAUGUACUCACCUAGACCACAACAGGAGCUGCCCAAUUACUAUGAUAUAGCCCAGAACAAAAGUAAAAUGGCCAUGUGGGUUGUCUCAAACUGCUAUACAAUGUCGAAACGCAACCAGUACGUACAGGAGAUGAAGAAAUACAUUGAGGUUGAUAUUUACGGAGGCUGUGGUCAGCCAAGCAAUCCGGAAGUCCUCGAUGACCUACUCCGACAUCACUACAAAUUUUACCUGUCUUUCGAAAACUCCCACUGUAAAGAUUACAUCACAGAAAAACUAUUCAAAGCCUACAAUACCGACACCCACAUCAUCCCCGUAGCCCGUGGAGGGGCGCCGUACGGCCAGUAUCUCCCCAACAACACCAUGAUCAACGCGGCUGAUUUCAAAACGCCGAAAGAUUUGGCUUUGUUUUUGAAAAAUCUGGCCAGUGACUUAAACACGUACGCCGGUUACCUGGCAGAGAAGGACAAAUACAGGCACGUGACUUCUAUCCCGGCAGGCAUUGAAUCGGUAGGGUGUGAAGUGUGUAAGAAAGUAACUACUCAAACUCUGAACAAAGUCCAUGAUAUGAAUCGAUGGAUGCAAAACGGGGCUUGCAACGUCCCAACAGAUAUAUGA